AUGGCAGCAAACCCAAAGAAACUCUCGGCCGAAAGGGUCAGAGAUGUGAGCGACCACGCUGUCUCGUCCGACUCAGAGACAUCAGCUUUGGCCGUGCUGCAAGAGAACCCCAAGAGGAGCUGGAAGUCAUAUCUGUGGGACACAUUCGACAAGUCCCCCGAGGAACGCAGAUUUCUCUUCAAGCUUGACCUUGCUCUUAUGACAUUGGCCUCACUGGGAUACUUUAUCAAGUAUCUGGAUCAGGUCAAUGUCAACAAUGCUUUUGUGUCUGGGAUGAAGGAGGAUAUGGGACUCUGGGGGAACGAGUUGAAUUAUAUGCAGGCAUGCUGGACCGUUGGAUAUGUCAUCGGUGAGAUCCCGAGCAACAUGCUACUGACGCGUAUCCGACCCAGCAUCUGGAUUCCUGCCUGCGAGGUAACCUGGUCUGUUCUCACCAUUCUUCUCACACAAUGCACAAACGCCACGCAGCUCUACGUCCUUCGCUUCUUUAUCGGCCUUGCCGAAAGCACAUUCUAUCCGGGAAUGCAAUACAUCGUUGGUUCUUGGUACCGAAAGGAUGAGCUUGCCAAGCGUUCGUGUCUAUUCCAUGCUAUGGGCAACGUAGGAUCCAUGGUCUCGGGUUACUUGAUGGCUGGCUCGCACAACCUCGACGGUGUGCACGGGUACCACGGUUGGCAGUGGUUGUUUAUCACCAACACCGUUGUGUCCCUACCUAUUGCCAUCUCCGGUUUUUUCUUCCUACCCGACGUACCUGAAAUCACCAAGGCGUGGUACUUUACCCCAGAGGAAAUUGCGCUUGCAAAACGACGCAUGGAACUUGAGGGUAGAGCAAAGAGGGCACCAUACACAAAAGCCAAGUUCAAAAAGAUCUUUACCAGCUGGCAUAUCUACGCGCUAGUGUCGCUAUACAUCCUGUUCAACAAUGGUAACGGCGGCAACUCGCAGCCUGCAUUCGCCCUGUGGCUAAAGUCCGAAGGCUAUCCGAUCAGAGAGGUUAAUAUUUACCCAACAAUUGUCGAUGUCAUCAGCGUCGUUACAACACUGAUCUACGCGUGGACAUCGGAUAGUCUAUUUCGUGGUGCCCGCUGGCCAGCUAUUGUAUUUUCCGGUCUGGUCAAGAUUGUGGCGUACAUUGGACUCACGGUAUGGAAAGUUCCCACCGCCUUUACAUGGGUAUGCUUUAUGCUGUGCGGCUUUGGCGGUGGCAUCAGCGGGUUGACCUUUGCUUGGGCGCAUGAGAUAUGCAGUGACGACAACGAGGAACGGGCUCUCGUUACAGGCGCGAUGAACCAAAUGGCGUAUGUUUUCCAAGCUUGGUUGCCAUUGGUUAUAUGGCAACAGGUUGAGGCACCUAGCUAUCCCAAGGGAUAUCCUACUAUGGUCGCUAUGGCAGUCGCAUUGAUUGCAAAUGCUUUUGUAAUCCGGGUAUUGCAUAAGAAACAGAUUGCCGGAGGGCGGCAUGCUUUAGCAGUAGCUUAA